AUGAGUUAUUCGAAUAAAGAGAAUAUAGAUGAUACAUAAAUAUUGAUAGAUUAAGAAGAAGUACUUGAAUUUGUAAAGUAAUUGAAAUUGAUGAAUAAACAAUUUAUUUCUUAAAUCAAACAACUGAUUCGAGAAAAAGAAGAGUACAAAUUCUUGAUUUAAGAAUUGCAAAGUCAAUUAUAAAGAAAAUGUGAGUAAUUAUAACAAUAAGAAAUGAUAAUCUAAGAAUGUGAAUUAUAAGUAGUAUUUUUAUAGGUUAUUGUAGUUAGAGUCAUGCAGAUCGAAUUAUGAAGAACAAAUUAAUCGUUUAGAAGUAGAGUUGAAAAUGAAUUAAAUGAUUUUUUAGAUAGAAUUGAGUCAAUAGAAAUAAGAGAUAGUAGAUUUAAGUGAUAAAUUAAAAAGUACUUAACAAGGUUAUUCAACUACUGUGGCUACUUCAUUUUUAUAAACAUCUUUUAAUUAGAGAUAGGAUAGUUUAUUCAAAGUAUGAGUAGUUGAAUAAAUUUAGGAUAGUCAUACAUUAGAAAGUGUUGGUUAAACAGAAGGAGAUAAUAGUAUAAUGUCAAAUAAGAAUAAAGGAUAGAAAAUGAUGUUGAAAAUAAUUUAAGAUCCAAUAAGUAACUUAAAGAAACAGAAAGAUUUAAUAAAAAGGGAAAUUACUUAAUGGUAAGAUGAAUUCUUAAAGAAAGAAGGUCGACCACCUUCUAUUAAUGAUAAAUAAUCUAUUAGUACUAAAUUUUAUCAUUAUACUAUAUUGAAGAAAUAAUUGAAUGAUCGAAGUACUGUAAUUUAAGAUAGCACAGAUUGUAAGAAUAUUGGUAUUCAAUGCAAUUUGAUUGAUGCAUAAUAGAUAUUGUAAUUGUAAGAACAAAUUAAAUAAAAAACUAAUGAUAUAAAGAGAAUGAGUUUUUAAUUAGAAGAUUUAAAGGGAAAAGUAAAAGUAUAUUGUAGAGUUAGACCCUCAAAUAAUUUAGAUAAAUUAAAAGGUAUAAAUUGAAUUUAUAAAUAAGAUUGUGAACUCUAAUUUAUAGAUGAGUAACAUAUCUCAUUAAAAUAGAAAAUCUUCAAUUUUGAUAUCUGUUUUAAUCAAUAAUCUACAUAAAAAGAUGUAUAUGAGGAAAUACAGUAAUCUCUUUAAGCAAUAUUCCAUGGUUAUAAUUUAUGCAUUUUUGCCUAUGGUUAAACUGGCAGUGGUAAGACAUAUACUAUGUUUGGCACUUAAUAAUAACCUGGAGUUAUUCCAAAUUUAAUAGAAGAUAUCUAUGCCUAUAUUAAAAAAAACAAUUUAGAUUGUUCAAUUAUAGUUAGUUCUUUAGAGAUAUAUAAAGAGAAUAUCAUAGAUUUAUUAAAUGACUAAUAAAGUUCUUAAACUUUGGAACUUAAGGAGAAUGUUAAUGGAUAAGUGUUUGUUUAAAAUUUGACUAAUAUCAAAGUACAAAGUUAAUAUGAAUUAAUGAAUUUGAUUGAGUUUGCAUCUUCUAAAAGAAGAUAAAGUUUAACUGAAAUGAAUGAUUCUAGUUCAAGAUCUCAUAUGUGCACUUAACUUGUAAUUGAAACCUUUAAUAAAAGUACUUAAUAGGUAUGAUAGAAUAUAGAUUCCUAGAAAUUCAUCAGUAGAGUAAAUUUAAUUGAUUUGGCAGGUUCAGAAAGGUGUAAUAAAUCAAGAUUAAAAUAAAAUCAAUUAGAGGAAGCUAAAUACAUUAAUAAAAGUCUCUCUGCUCUUAAUGAUGUUAUGAUAGCUUUAUCAACAAAAAGUAAUUUCAUUCCAUACAGAAAUAGUAAACUUACAUAUUUAAUGAGAGAUUCCUUAGGAGGAAAUGUAUUAUUAAUUUAUAAUUAUAAGUCAAAAACAAUCAUGAUCAUCAAUAUCUCACCUUCCUUUAUUAACUUAGAUGAAUCAAUGAGCUCAUUAUAAUAUGGAUAAAAAGUUAAAUAAAUAAUCAAUUAACCAAUUAAGAACUUAGAACCAGUGGAGCAAUUAAAAAAAUUAUAAAAAGUAUGUAAUUAACAUGAUGAAAAUGCGUAAUUAAGAUAAUAAAAGUGAUUUAUUUUAUAUAUGCAAUAAUCUCAAUACUAGAUAUGUGUGUUAGGAAGUGCUAAUUCUGAUCAUUUCCUUGAAGUUGAAGAUUUUCCUAAAGAAGGAGAGACUAUCGCUUCUAAGGUAAUCUAUAAUACAAUCUAAUUAGAAAUCCUAUUUAAAAAAUGGAGGCAAGGGAGCUAAUCAAGCAGUAGCAUCAGCUUUACUCAAUUCUAAGAUUAUCUUUGCAGGUCAAAUUGGAAAGGAUGAGCUUGGUUAAUUAUUAGUAAAAGAAAUGACAUUGGCAGGAGUUGAUUUAACUGCUUUAAGAAAAGUAGAUGAAUAAACAGGAUAGGCAAUAAUUCUGUUAAAUAAGAAAGGAGAAAAUCUAAUUAUCAUAGUAGCAGGAGCAAAUGGCUAUUAUGAGACAUUAGAUGUCUUACCAUAAGAAUAUUAAUAAGCUAUUGAAUAAUCAGAUUUAUUGUAAUUAUAAAUGGAAGUACCACAAUCUAUCAACAUCUUAGCUGCUAAAUAUGUAAAAAUUAUAUUAAUUCAUAGAUGGCUUAAAAUGAUAAGAUUACAGUUUUAGAUUGUGGAGGUAAAGCAGAGAAAUUAAAAGGUGAUUUCCUUGAAAAUUUAACUAUUGUGAGUCCUAAUGAAACAGAAUUGGAACGUAUCUUAGGAGAAGAUUUAAAUAUGGAUGCAGAUUAAAAUGCAGAAGAGUAAUAAUCAUUUUUUAUAUUAUUUAAGAUUUCUUACAAAAACUAUACAUGAAAAGGUAUUUACUCGUUAUCCAGAUUUAAUUGUUCUAUUGAAAUUAGGUUCUAAUGGAAGUAUGCUUGUAACUAAAGAAUAUAGUGUAAGAUGUCAAACUGUAACACAAUUAAGUACAUAUUAUAUAUAUAUAUUAGAUCCAAAUAUUUUAGAAGAAUAUAAAAUAGUUGAUACUGUAGGAGCUGGUGAUUGUUUCACUUCUGCAUUUACUGUAUCAUUUUAUAGAUCUUUAAUUGAAUUUGGUCCAGCCAGAAUUUCAAGUAAUGAUUAUUUAAUAAUCUUAUAGCAUUAAGAAAAAUAGAUGUUGAGACAUAAAAGAAAUUGUUCUAUAAAGCUAUGCAUUUUGGAAGUGCAUCUGCAUUUUUGUGCAUUACUAAACAUGGUGCUAUGCCAUCAAUGCCAAAGUUUGAGACAGUUGACAAUUUCAUCAAGAAGUAUUUCCCAUGAA